GAUAAGCACAAGCACUAUGAAUCCUUGCACCAUCAUUCUCGUCAACUCCAUUAGCACUCGGUAUAUGGAAACUGCUCUUUCCUCAUUCACCCCAAGAAAACAUGUGGAGAAUACUGGCUGCCUUGAGAAGGAACUUCCUAAACAUCAAGAAGAACACAUCUCGCGUUGCAGAUGAGAAUAUUGCCAGUGCCGCCACUAUGGACGCAAUUACAUCACCUUCACGGUUGAGUGAUGGGGUUCCUUUCUUCUGUUGCUCGCUCAUAGCUCCAUUCUCGCUGCUUUCUUGUUUAUCCCACCCACCUAUAGAUGGCCCUGAUGGCCUGUGGGUGUCGGCGGAGCUGCCGCAGACGUCGGAGGUCACACAUCUCAUGGUCCGGGACAGUUUGCGAUACGCCAUUUUAAUGUGAAGAAAGGAUGCGCACAAUGUGCUCGAUGGAAUGUUUGAUGAGGAUGGAUGUUGGCCGACUUCACUCCUUGCAGUCCUCCUCAUUUUACAGAUAGAUGAUCCAACUUAGGCUGGUAAUUCUUAGUUUGCGGGUUUGUAUAUUCGUGGAAAUAGGAUUUAGUAGAGUAUAUAGUUUGGGUUUGGUUUGGCAAUUUGGCUGUUUUAUGUUGGUAGUAUCUACUAUCUACUACCAAGAAUGAAGAGAUCAUAUAAUGUUUAUUAAUAUAAGUAUUGAUUGGCUUUAUUAA